CAAACCCACCAGUGUGAAGAAAAGGUUCACAACAGUAGCUGUUCUUUUAAGAGUGGAUGUUAAGGUGUCUGUUGAAGGAGAGGAGAUCAGGCCUGGAAGGUGUAAGCUGGACCAUAUGGACUCUGGAAUAUCAAGUUCUCUCUCCAGCAUGUCGAUGACCCAGUCCAGCCCUGGUCGACCCCCCCACACCGCUGCCCCCGGGCCCCUCCAGGCUCCUCUCGGCACUGCUCUGGUCCAGUUCCAGCUAGGCCUCUUCAGGGAGGUGGUUCGGGUGUCUGGGGGGCAGCUCAGCUACUGCCAUGCCAAGAGACUGGCUGCAGAGAUCAUAGAACGCAAGGCUCCAGACUGUAGUGUGGUGGGUGUUGGGGAGAAGGUCCUCCUGUUCAGACACCAGACAGGCUCGGAACACCUCCUCCACAGACUCACGGACCAGGAUGCACUGCUGGACGGCGACCUCAUAGAGAUCAUCCUCUCAGGAUCAGCUACUGUGACGGGGAUAAAGAUCCGCCCACACUCCCUGGCUGUCCAAUCAUAUCGCACCCCCACCUUCUGUCAUCACUGUGGGGAGAUGCUGUGGGGGUUGGUACGUCAAGGGUUAAAAUGUGAAGGUUGCGGGUUAGACUUUCAUAAGCGCUGUGCGCUGCAGUUGCCUAGUGACUGUAGCCGUGCACGCCGUCGUGUGUGUGGCCCCAGCCUGUCCUUAUUCCCCCCUGCCAGGCCCCGGACACACUCCCUCUCCACACCUGCAGGGGGCAGUAUGGAGGAGAUCAGUAUGUUCAAGCCCAGGCCCAGACCUCCGUCGUGGGCAGAUCAACCGGUGUGGCUGGGGGUGGUCCAGGGAAAGGGUGGCGUGGCGGGCAGAGCCAGGGUGCCACACACCUUCCACAUCCACAGCUACACCAAGCCCACCGUGUGCCAACACUGCUACCACCUCCUUAAGGGCCUGUUCCGUCAGGGCCUGCAGUGCUCCGACUGUAAGCUGAACUGCCAUCGUCGCUGUGAGUCCUCCCUGGUCCCCGCUGACUGUCCUGGAGUGAGGACGAACGCCAAUGGGGAAGGAGACUCCGUGUCCAGUCUGGGCUAUAAGGACGACACAGAGGAGGAGGAUAUGAGAUGCAGUAUGACAUCAAUAGAAGACCAUGACGAUGAGCCGUCUACUGAGGACCCAUUCGCUGAGAUCAAGGAGGUGGGACAACAGCCACCAAUCACUCCGUGUUUCAGUAGUUAUAUUCCUCUGAUGCGGGUGGUCCAAUCAGUUCGUCACACUAAGAGAAGGGCCAGUGGAGUCCUGAGAGCGGGCUGGCUACUGCAUCACACCAACACCGACACACUGAGGAAACGUCAUUACUGGAUAUUGGACUGGAAGAAUAUUACUCUGUAUCAGAAUGAGACAAGCACCAAGUACUACAAGGAGCUUCCUCUGUCUAACGUGCUGCAGGUGCGAGGCCCCGCUCAACUGUCUGGCCCCUUGUUGCCAGACAACAGUGCGCACUCGUUCGAGGUGGUGACGGGCACGCUGGUAUACUGUGUGCUGGCGGGCAGGGACGGGCAGGCCUGGGAGACCGCAGUACGCCAGGCUCUGAUGCCCGUCCAGAGCAGCGGGCAGGCGGGAAAACAGGGACAGGACCAUGGACCCCAGAGUGGAGAGAAACCGGACAUCAGUUCAGUGUAUCAGAUCUUCACUGAUGAGGUGCUGGGUUCAGGACAGUUUGGAGUGGUGUAUGGAGGCACCCACAGACAGUCUGGUCACCCAGUGGCCAUCAAGGUCAUCGACAAAACCCGUUUCCCAAUCAAACAGGAGAGACAGUUGAGGAACGAGCAGGCAAUUCUACAGAAUCUGUCUCACCUGGGUGUAGUUCUACUGGAGGGAAUGUUUGAGACCCUGGAGCAUGUCUUCGUUGUCAUGGAGAAGCUCCAUGGAGACAUGCUGGAGAUGAUUCUGUCCAACGAAAAGGGCCGUCUGCCAGAGCGCACGACACGCUUCCUGGUUACACAGAUUCUAGAGGCCCUGCGCUACCUGCACUUCAAACACAUUGCUCACUGUGACCUGAAACCGGAGAAUGUAUUGGUGACCUCCCCAGAUCCUUUCCCUCAGGUUAAGCUGUGUGACUUUGGCUUCGCCCGAAUCAUCGGCGAGAAGUCUUUCCGCCGCUCAGUGGUGGGCACGCCGGCCUACCUGGCGCCCGAGGUCAUCAGUAUCCAUGGUUACAACCGUUCGCUGGACAUGUGGGCUGUGGGCGUGGUCCUGUACGUCAGCCUGAGCGGAACGUUCCCCUUCAACGAGGAUGAGGACAUCGGUCAGCAGAUCACCAACGCUACCUUCAUGUACCCCCGUCUGCUCUGGUCUAACAUCUCACUAGAGGCGGUGAGUCUGAUCAACAACCUUCUCCAGGUGUCAGUGAGACGUAGGUUCAGCGUGGGGAAGGCCCUGGGACACGCCUGGCUGCAGGACUUCCAGUUGUGGUGUGACCUGAGGGAGUUUGAGCAGAGGAUGGGCUGCCAGUACCUGACCCAUAAGGGAGACGAGGACCGCUGGAGACACCACGCCCAGGAGAGAGGCCUGCUCUUCCCUUCUCACCUCCCCUGGACCCCUGGGCACGACAACAGCCUGUGACCCUAAGGCCCAAAGGUGAAAGGUCAAUGGCUGGACAAGAUGACUACUGGUGUGUUUCAGUGGUGACCAGCAAAAAGAAAAUGAAUUCUGAUGAACUGAUAAAGAAGCACACAGCGACCUAUGUUUUUUUUUUUAUGAACAAAAGUCUUAAGAUAUAUGAUCACUGUGAUUUUUUUUUUCCCAUGAUACUCCUAUACUGCCUGCAUCUGAGUGAUGGAAGCCAGGAGAACAGGCCGUGGCUCGGGUGGCUGAAGUUCUCGAUGAUCUUCUUGGCCUUCCUGUGACACCUGGUGUUGUAGGUGUCCUGAAGGUCAGACAGUGAGCACCCGAUGGUGCGUUGGGCUGAGCGUACCACCCUCUGUAGAGCCUUGCGAUCAGCGGAGGUGUGGUUGCCGUCCCAGGCCGUGAUGCUCUCGAUACCCCUGUCCACUUGAUGGUGCUGUUCACCAAACAAUAAACAGCAUUGCUAAUCCCUUGACUCGACACUCAGUAACUUGCUUAAUUUUUUAUCAAAUAUUUGCAAAUGUAUGGUGUUUAAAAUCCUCUAUAUAGAGUGAAAAAUAGAUACAUUUAAUUGGUGCUAUUGUUUAGGGGGUUUAUAUUAAAGGCUCUAAAAGGGUUUAAAUCUAGGUUGUCUUUCUCUCUCUAUCGCUCUCUCCUCCCCCUUUCCCUCUAACCCCGCCCUCUGGCAAAACCCCUCCCACAACCUCUUCUGAGAAAACAAAAGUGAUCAGUCUCAUCUCUCUCCAGAGGAGUCAUGCCCAUAGGGGGCACAGAUUUAUCCUGUUUCAUUUUUGUUGUUGGACCUGGAGAUGUGGCCUGUGAUUUCUGCACUGGGACCAGAAACCCCUCAUGUCCUGUCUGAUGUGUCUGGUGUCUUACUGUGAGACUCACCUCCAAUCUCACUAUGAAAUCCCUGGACCACCGCCCAACUACAGGAGCAGAUACGUUCUCAUCAUGACAAACUGCUGGAGGUUUACUGUCGUACUGAUCAACAGUGUAUCUGUUAUCUGUGUGUUAUGGAUGAACAUAAAGGCCAUGAUACAGUGUCAGCUGCAGCAGAGAGAACUGAGAAACAGAGCCAGCUGGGGAUGAGUCAGCAGUUCCAGCAGAGAGUCCAGGACAGAGUGAAGGUUCUGAAGGAGCUCCAACAGGCUGAGGAGAUUCUCAAGCUUUGAAGCACCUGUACUGACCUCGCCUUCUGGAUGCUAGUGGGGUGAACAGGCCGUGGUUCGGGUGUCUGAAGUCCUUGAUGAUCUUCUUGGCCUUCCUGUGACACCGGGUGCUGUAGGUGUCCUGGAGGACAGGAAGUGUGCCCCUGGUGAUGCGUUGGGCAGACCGCACCACCCUCUGGAGAGCCCUGCGGUUGCAAAUCAAACUGUAUCUGUCACAUGCGUCUAAUACAACAGAUGUAACGAGGCUAUAUACAGCACCUGGUGUUGAAGGCUGAGCUGUAGUCAAUGAACAGCAUUCCUACAUAGGUAUUCCUCUUAUCCAGAUGGGACAGGGCAGUGUGCAGUGCUAUGGAGAUUGCAUCAUCCGUGGAUCUAUUGGACUCCUGUCAGCUCACACUGGACCCAAACACAGCACACAAACUGUCUGAGGAGAACAGAAAGGUGACAUAUACAAGACAACCCCAUCCGUAUCGUGACCAUCCAGGUCCAGUCUGGACGCUGUUACUGGGUGGUUGAGAGGAGUGUUCAUAUAGCAGUCUCCUAGAAAGACGUCAUUAGAGGGUCAUCACUGAAACGUCCUGGAGUUUAAACUGCGCUAGCAAUGAUGAUAGUUUCCACCACAAUACUGUUAUGACUAAAGUAUCAGGCCCUCUGUCUUCCAGAGUAGGAGUGUACCUGAAUCACAAGGCAGGUACUCUGUCCUUCUACAGCGUCUCUUCUGAUACAAUGACCCUCCUCCACAGAGCCAAGACAACAUCCACUCAGCCCCUCUAUCCUGGGAUUAUGCUUUGACAUAAAUUGUGGUAGAAAUCCCCAUGCUUUUCCCCCCUCAAAGAAUAGAUAUUUAGCUAUAUAAUUCCUUCACCGUUGCUUUUUGGAGAUUUAAGCAAUUAAAUAUAUUUUGAUAAAACAAUGUUUUAAUCUUAUACUGCAUGUUGAAAUUCAUCAAGUGUUUCUGACACAAUGACCCUCCUCCAUAGAGUUCAGACAACAUUCAACUCAGCCCCUCCUAUAAGGAGUUUGGGGUUUAUCAGCAGUCAUGAUACUUCAGAGCUGUGUAAACUGUGGUAGAGGUCACCACACUAGGGUGAAGCUUUAUAAUGCUCUUUUCUGAUUUGAUCAUGAGAUAUUUAUUGACUUUACUGUUGUAAUCUCAGAUUCAUCAUGAUAUAUUUUCACUUUUAUGUCAAAUACUGAAUAUUGUUAAUCAUCACUAAUUAUUAUCUAUGUACUGUAAGUCAAUGAAUCAAAAUAGGUUCCUUGGUAUUCAUCUGUUGUUUUCCUACUGGCAUGUAAUGUGCUGUAAUACGUAUUUAGGUGAGAAUCAUAAACUCUACUCCGAGUUACAUUUUCAUUUAUUCAUGCAUUGAUGUCAAUAGGAGACAUAGUGAACAUUUGGCUAAAGUGGAAGUUAGGAUUUGCCCCUAACAUCUUUGGAUAGAUUUCAUUGGGAUAGUUUGCUCUUAGGUUGCACAUACCGCUUGAUAAACUAUCAUAAACCUGUCCAGCUGAUGGGGCUGUUUGCCAAACAAUAAACAGCAUUGCUAAUCUGUAGAUCUGACACUCAGUAAAUCAGUAAUUAGCUACAUUUUCUAUGAAAUCUUUGAAGAUGUAGGGUGUUUCUAAAUCUCUAUUGGAGUGAAUAAUAGAUUGAGUAACUGAUUCUACUGUUCAGAGGCUUGAUAAUAAAGGGUUUUAAACUCUU